GGAUAUAACAUCAACUUACCAACAUUACGACCAGGCAUACGACUUUCCCGAAGCAGAUCCUCUGUUCGGACCACCACACAGGACAAUGGAUCUGAUCCCAGUAGGCGACCCAAUACAACGGCGCUACAGAAGGGGCAGACGUUGCAGUCUUCUGGUCAGGCUCCAUUGACAGGCACAUCGCUCACUGCUCCUGAGUAUAGUAAUCGCCAACGUCAUGUCUCUUGACAACAAGAGACCUGGCCCACUCGGGAUAUGUUAUCAGAGUUGGUACAUUCUCUGUUUCACGGAAACAUGGAUCACUCGAGACACGCUAUCGGAGUCUGUACAACCAGCUGGAUUCUUCACACAUCGCGCCGACAGAAAUAAGCAUCUUUCUGCUCUCAAGAUUCCCAUGUUGAUUAUCGGCCUCCUGCCCCUCCUCCUGUUGCCGGGCCCUGGUUGCCGUGCGGCUGACAUUCCGGAGGACACCACAGCAGAGUUUUCUGUCAGACUGUACCACCAGCUGCAGGCGCGCGGGGGGGACGACAACAUAAUCUUCUCCCCCCUCAGUGUGGCUGUGGCCCUGGGCAUGGUGGAGCUGGGGGCCCGCGGGGCCUCCCUCACACAGAUACGCCAGGCUGUCGGCUUCAGCCACCUGCCAACAGAUGAGGAGUUCUCUCUGCUCCAGAACCUGACAGGGGCUCUGUCUGAAGACGACGCCCACUACAUCAUCCGAUUGGCCAACUCCCUCUUCCUGCAGAGCGGCGUGACUUUUAACCCGGAGUUCCUGCGGCUGAUGAGGAAGUACUUCGGGGCGGAGGUGGAGACGGUGGACUUCAGCGAAUCAGCCGCCGUGGCAGAGCAGAUCAAUGGAUGGGUGGAGAACCACACUGAGAGUAAGAUCCGUGACCUGCUGUCAGCUGAUGACUUUAGCAGUGUGACCCAGCUGACCCUGGUCAACGCGGUGUACUUCCGGGGCAGCUGGAAGAACCAGUUCAGACCGGAAAACACCAGAACCUUCUCCUUCAGCAAAGACGACGGGAGUGAGGCCCAGACACACAUGAUGUACCAGCAGGGAGACUUCUACUAUGGUGAGUUCAGUGAUGGUUCAUCCGAGGCAGGUGGUGUGUACCAGGUGUUGGAGAUGCCCUAUGAAGGAGAGGACAUGAGCAUGCUGGUGGUGUUACCCAGACAGGAAGUCCCCCUGGCAGUCCUGGAGCCAAUCAUCAGAGCCCCUCUCUUGGAGGAGUGGGCCAACAACGUCAAGAGGCAGAAGGUGGAGGUCUACCUGCCCAGGUUUAAGGUUGAGCAGAAGGUCGAUCUGAAGGAGACUCUGCAGCAUCUGGGCAUCAAGAACAUCUUCACUAGAGAUGCUGACCUGUCCGCCAUGACAGACGGUAAGGACGUGUUCAUUGGGAAGGCAGUGCAGAAGGCCUACCUGGAGGUGACAGAGGAGGGGGCGGAGGGAGCUGCAGGAUCAGGAAUGAUAGCCCUCACCAGGACUCUGGUUCUGUACCCUCAGGUCAUGGCUGAUCAUCCCUUCUUCUUCAUCAUCAGAAACCGCAGGACAGGUUCUAUCCUGUUCAUGGGCAGGGUUAUGACGCCAGAGGUCAUCGACCCUACUGACUUCGACAACGACUCCAUGUAACUGUGAAGACGGCCAAUGGGAUUCCAGUGUGCUGCUAUCCUGCUAUGCGGUCAUAUGAUCAGAACCAAUCAGAUCCAGGCAAAACGAGGCCACAACCUUUCCUCUCCCCAUCGCUGGCUGUGUUUUUAUACUCUUAUCGAGAAUAUAUAUUAUUCCUAUUCUAUAUAUUAUAUAUACAUAUAAUGUGACUGUGUUUUGAUACUGUAAGCUUUAACCACAAGACAGAGGGAGAGAGAUGUAAAUACACAACAUUAAUAAAAGUAUGAGGACACCUGCU